GCAGCAGAUUUAAAAAAAAAAUCAGAAUCAGAAAAGAUAUUAUCCAGAAAGAAAGAAAAGCAGAAUACUAGUAAAAUUUGCUGUAGAUGAGAUAAGCCAAAAGUGGGCGCUGAUAACUUCCAACAUCGACUAGGCAAGAUAAAAUAUACCAACAUCAAAGCCUGCGCGUGAUGUCGAGAGCAUUCGCUAUUCACAGAGAUGCCGUGGACCAGCUGCAAACGCUGGUCCCCACUGAUUGCGGUGUGCACAUUUAUAACUUUGGCAAACUUUAAAAUCAAAAUAAUUACCACAGAACAUUCAACAAUGGAGCCAAGUGAAUUCAGUUCAUCAUAUUUGCAACAACGGACGUCCCUUGACGAUGACUACCACAAACUGAUAAACCUGACUGAUUUCAACUUUCAACUUCUUGUAAAUUGUUCUCAAGAAGAAGGUCCCCUUGUAGUCGUUGUUCACUCAGCGCCAACAAGAGCUGGCCAUCGAAGUGCGAUUCGAGCUAGCUGGGGGUCGUCGCAUGUCAAAGUAGUCUUCAUGCUUGGGGCGGUGACCAACGAGACCCUGCAGAGGAGCCUAGAGGAUGAGGGGCGACAACAUGGAGACCUUGUGCAAGGGUCGUUUUACGACACAUACAGAAAUUUGACCUACAAGCACGUGAUGGCCUUCAAAUGGCUGAAUUACCACUGCAGAGGACCAAAGUUUAUCCUCAAAACUGAUGACGAUAUUUUUCUAAACUUGCCCAGUGUUUCUGAACUAAUAAGAAAUGACUCUUUUCCCAGUGAUCAUAUAAUUUGCCACUAUAACCUCAUGAAUCGUCCGUCUCGUUCAUGGAGAAACAAGUGGCGUGUUUCACCACUUGAAUACAAGGAUACAUUUUAUCCCCAUUAUUGCAACGGCUGGCUGGUGCUCUACAGCAAUAAGACGGCAAAGAAGCUGUACACUCUGGCGCAGCAGGAACCUUAUUUCUGGAUAGACGAUCUCCUCAUCACCGGUUUUUUGGCAAAAAAGGCAGGAUUGCACCAUUUUUCGACUCGCCCAUGGCUACUGGAUUGGCAGAUGAGUGAAGACAUUAUCCGAAACGGCAGCUGUCCGUAUGACAAAGAUUGCAAAAAGUUUAUCUUCGGUCCGUCUGAGCUAGACCCCGAGCAAAUAGUUUUACUUUGGAAGAUACUCGCAAUCAGUAACAAUACAGGUGAUGACACUUAAAAAAAAAUCAAUAAAAAUAAGUUUUCUCAGCAGAAUUUCCAGACAAAAAUGACCCAAAUCUCAUUAGAUGUAUAUUAUAUGAAAUGUGUAUAAAAAGCUUUUUGUAUGUAGCUAGGCAAAAGAAAAAAUGUUUAUGGAAAAAGCCUAAAAAGUACAAUAAAAUAAUAAAUAAAUAAAUAAUUCUAACAACUAUAGAAACUAC